UUCUCACACGUCACACCAAGAUCACUCUCAGCUCGCACCUCGUGCCUCUCCUUGCCACUGCAGUGCACCCGCAGAGCACGCCGACUACUAGCCUAGAGUUAGGUGCUCGAGCCACAAUGGGAGCUUACCCAGAGAGCUCGGCAGCUGCAACGCCAGAGGGAGCCCCUAUUACUCCGCCUCUCAACGCAGCCGCUGCUAAUCCUUACCCCGAGUAUGCUCCGCCUCAACCCCAGUGUGGUCCGCCUCAACCCCAAUAUGGUCCGCCUCAACCCCAAUACGCUCCGCCUGGUCCGCCUCAACCCCAAUAUGGUCCACCUCAACCCCAGUAUGGUCUGCCUCAACCCCAAUGUGGUCCGCCUCCACCCCAAUAUGGACCGCCUCUCCCCCAACCUGCUCCGCCGUUCCCCGUGAUGGGCGUUCCCGUACCGCCGCCGUUGCCUGCUCCGGCGAGUCGCUGCGCCAAACCCGAUAAGAGCCGCGUGGUGAUCUCGGAGGUGCCGGGCGGGGCGUUGGAGGUGCGCGUGCCGGCGCCUGGCUACUUCCAUGACCAGGGCGCGGUCGGCUGGAUCCUCUGCUUCCUCACUCCCUUCGCUAUUCUGAUAGCUGUGGCAGUCGCCAUCUUCCUGCCCUUCACAAUCUGCAUCUUCGCCGGCUUCGCCUACCUUGGCUUCAUGUGGAUUCACAACGCCACCCGCACCGAAACCAUUCUGCUGUCGCCUGAGUCCUUCACCAUCAUGGUUCGGCGCAUUGGUUCAACCCGCAGGCAGGUCAGCGGCAGCACGCCGAGGAUCCGAGUCAUUGCGGUGCAAGACGUGAACACACGGCACUUGAUGCAACCCCCGCCAACGCAAACCAUGGCUGCCCCGGUUUCCGGUUCUUCCCCCAUGCCUCCUGCUGCUGCUGCUGCUCCGGCGCCCGCAGGGUAUCGGCCAGCACCGGUAUCGCCAAAUCUGGUGUGUGUGAUUGUAGUAGAUGUGCAGGAUGAGCACAGAUUCGGUGAGACCCUGAGUGACCCGGAGAAGCACUGGGUGGUGGGUGAGUUGGCGCACCACCUGCAUACCAUGCGUAUGCAACCAGCGCAGCAGAAUGUGUAGUGUAUGAUUCACGGUGACCGGUUUUGUAUGGACCCUCUAUCAGAAUAAUUGAAUAAUUGUAAAGUGAGAGUACACACAAAUAUAUCUAAGUUUUGUAU